AUGUUAGAGGGGCAUCAACUUUUGGGGUUCGGCUUCUUUGUAGUUGGUUUAUGGCACUUCUUCAACCACGUGAAGCUCCAUGCUCUUAGCUCCAAGUCCUACACAUCAUCAACACUAUGGUUUCCCACCACAAUAUCCAGAUACUUGGAGCUCCACUUCGUCAUGGCAAGCUGCACAAUCUUCAUUGCCAUGGAGCUCUUCAUUGCUCCCAUUCAUCACCAACCAUUUGACCCUGAUGGAACCAUUCCCUCCAGCCAUCUCCACAACUUUGAACACUCCUCCAUGGCCAUGGCUUUCUUGGUCUAUGCCGUCUUUGCCAUAGUUCUUGAUAGAAAAUGCAGUAAAGCUCAACAUGAGCUAACUCAUUUGCUAGCAGCCAUCGCUUUUACACAACAAUUUCUUCUUAUCCACCUUCACUCUAGAGAUCACAUGGGACCAGAAGGCCAAUACCACCUCUUGUUGCAACUUUUGAUCCUUAUUUCUUUGACUACGACCCUCAUGGGAAUUGCAAGGCCUAAGAGCUUCGUGAUCUGCUUUGUACGUUCUGUGAGCAUAAUCUUCCAAGGUGUGUGGCUUAUGAUCAUGGGAUUCUUGCUUUGGACACCAGGAUUUCAAGCCAAAGGUUGCUUCAUGCACCUUGAAGAAUCUGAUGAAUAUGUGGUGAAAUGCAGUGACGACGAGUCUCUUCAUCGUGCUAUCUCAUUGGUGAAUAUUCAAUUCAGCUUCUUGUUGAUUGGAGUCACCGUUUUCGCAAUGUCUUUCUACUUGGUCAUGGUUAGAAGAUAUAGUGAAAAAGCGGAGUACGUUUCACUGAUGAAGGAGGAACAUUAUCGUGAAGAUGGAUUUGUGAAAUCUAACGGCUCUAUCGACGGCGUUGAAAACAACAUGGACAUUGAAUCCCAAUCCCAAAAGAAAAACAUGAAAGAGCAGAUUUAA